GUCGCGCGCGCCGAGCGCUUCGCGCGCGACGCCCUGGCCUCGAACGACGGCUCGCACGAUCUCUGGCACGUCGAGCGCGUGCGCGCGAGCGCGGUGGCGCUCGCGAGGCUCGAGGGCGCGAACGCGUUCGUCUGCGAGCUCGCCGCGCUGCUGCACGACGUCGACGAUUGGAAGUACGCGCGCGGCGACGGCGCGAAGGGCCGGGCGAGGACGUUUCUGGAAGACUCGUGCGCGGACGUCGACGCGGCGACGCGCGAGACGGUGCUGGACGUGUGCGCGCGGAUCGGGUUCAAGAGCGAACUCGAAAAAGCUGAAAAAUCGCGCGCCGACGACGACGAGGAGAGCGUCGAGUUUCGAUGCGUGCAAGACGCCGAUCGAUUGGACGCGAUCGGCGCGAUCGGCAUCGGGCGGACGUUUUGUUUCGGCGGCGCGCGCGGGAAUCCGAUGCACGUGCCCGGCGUGCCGCCGAUGGUGGACGUGACGGCGGCGCGGUACGAGGCGGCGCAUCGCGACGAGACGCGGCCGAACACGACGAUUAAUCAUUUCCACGAAAAGUUGUUCAGGCUGAGGGGUCUGAUGAAGACGGCGUCGGGGCGCGCGCGCGCCGAGCGCAGGCACGCGACGAUGGUCGAGUUCGUCGAGCGGUUUCACCGCGAGUGGGACGGC